GAGAGAUAAACCGGGGUACUUAAACACAGGUCAAGCCUCGUUCACUCAGUCGCAUACUUCGCCGGAGUCUUCGUUGAACCAUACACCCAACGCCAUGAAAUUCACACUGCGCGCCGCCAUUGUAGUAGCUGUAUUUUGCGCCGUCUCUGCCAAUGUCACGGUUCCUCUGAAGAGGAAGAGAAUCGUAAACGAAUAUAUAAACACUCAGUACGUCGGCGAGAUAGCGGUUGGCCAGCAAACUUUCGAAGUCGUGUUCGACACCUCAUCUUACAACCUGGUUCUUCCUUGUGAGUCCUGCCUUAGUCCAGCAUGCCAAUGUCCGGGCACAGCCAAGUACCAGAAAACAUCCAAUACCAAAUGCGGACCAUCGAAUGAAGUGGUCAGUGUGCCUAUACUCGACACAGGCUGCGCCAAAGGGACACAAGCCUCCGACUGCCUAAAUAUCAGUUCACUGUAUGCGCCGGAGCAAGGGUUUGUACUGGCAACAGACAUCUCAAUAGAAAUUUGCAUCCUGGGGGCUGACGGAGUUGCGGGGUUGGGCCGCCCUGGGUCAGGAAAAGCUGCAUUCAAUCAGCCCACAGUGUUCGAGACAUUCGUCAAUCUACACGAAAUUGAAUGUGUCUUCACGAUUCAUCAUGCCAGGCUUCCUAACGGAGACCACUAUGGAGUAAUCACGUUCGGAGGAGUAAUCGAAAGUUAUUAUACAGGAGAAUUCACUUGCGUGCCCCUCGUUGAUGACUCAACAUGGAACUUCAAAUUAGACUUCCUAAGAGUCGGGAAUGAUGACGUCAUAACCGACGCAAUAGCUUUCAUCGACUCGAGCAAGAACGUCGUCGUUGGACCAACUUUAGAAAUUAACAAGAUAAACGAAGCACUGGGAUGUACAAACACGGUCAUAAGCGACAUAAACAUAUGCCAGUUUGACUGCAGUCAGCUUGGUCUAGUGCCAGACGUAAUCUUUGGGAUCGGCGAAAAAAAUUUCAACAUCAGUGCAGAAUACCACGUCCAACAAAAUGGUGAUGUGUGUUACUCCGGAUUCUCUCCUUGCAACGAAACAAAUGUAUAUCACAUAGGAGAUUUCUUCAUUGACCAUUAUCUCCCAAAAUUUGAUUCGGGAAAUAAAAGGAUGGGCUUCGCAAUAUCCACAGAGAAUCUGUGAGGAAGUCUGGCGAGGAACUUGGGCAUGGAUUCUGGAACAACCCUGAAAUUGUCUCUUUGAACACAGGCUUGAUGUGGAUAUAUUUUAUUUCUAUCAUAUGUUUUAUUAAAAUUCAUAACAAUAUGUGGCCCAAUCGAGGAUUGUGUAAUCGAGGCUAUACAUGAAUGUCAUUAAAAUGUGUGUUUAUUAUAUUGAAGUUAA